AUGUAUAAAGCAGCAAUUGAGGAUGAACAAGCGAAGUGCUCAAGGAUUUUUGGAGAACCGCUGACAGAUGAUCUUUAUCGUAGCAUUUUUCUUAGUUCCAGGCGCAUUCGCGAUGCACGUGAAUCCAAAUUGAAGCAGAAGUUGGCCACAUUGAGCGAAAAGAAUGCCAGCCUCUGCUAUGAUAAUGUUGUGCACAACCUAUCUUCCAAACAACUGACACCAGAGCAGAUUAAAGUCCUGAGCCAUGAUGCCUGCUUCAAUACGACGGAUGCCCAACCUGUUGACUUCAUCGCGGCUGCGGAAGCUGUCAUUCGUGAAGCCCCAAUUACUGAGGAAAACAGAAAUCUGCUGCGACUGCGAAUGUCCUCCAGACUCAUGUCCCACAAGAAACGCAAUAUGCUCUCAAAAGCAGAAAAUAAAGCACUUAGGACUUUGAAGGCCGACAAAAGCAUUGUCAUACUCCCGGCCGAUAAAGGACGAUCGACGGUCGUAUUGAACAAGGAGGACUACGUCAACAAAGUCGAGGACCUUUUGGGCGAUAGAACUGCCUACAUUCCUUGUGAAGGUGAUAUGACGAAGACUCUAACGAGCAAAAUCAACAAGGACCUGGCAAGUCUUCGGAAGUCAAAAGCGAUAACACAGCUUGACUGGCAGAGGAUGAAACCAAAGGAUUCCGCGAUCGCGAGAUUCUAUGGUCUACCCAAUGUCCACAAACCAGGAACCCCUCUACGACCGAUCGUUUCUCUAAGAGGCACCCCAACGUUUGGCCUGGCUAAGUGGCUGUUCCAGCGUCUGAAAUUCCUAACUCAUGGUUCUGAAACAACCAUCCACUCAGCAGAACGAUUCCUCGAGAAACUGCAAGGUAUUCGACUUACAGAUGACGAAGUGAUGGUAUCUUUCGAUGUGAUAUCACUCUUCACUUCCAUCCCACAACACCUCGCGGCUGAAACUGUGCAAACCUUGUUAGAGCAACAUUAUAACGAGACGGAAAACAAACUUAAGAUAAAACACCUUGUCGAUCUCCUGAAACACUGCUUGAAGACCUUCUUCACCUUCAAUGGAGCCACGUACGAACAAGUUAAAGGUACACCGAUGGGGUCGCCGUUAUCCAGCUUGAUUGCUGAGGCAGUGUUACAGCGACUGGAGGCACUGGCUUUUGACCACUACCGACCACGAUUGUGGGUACGGUAUAUUGAUGACACAUUUGUCAUCAUCAAUCGGUACAGGAUUGGGGAAUUCACGCAACAUCUGAAUUCCAUCUUUCCAGAUAUCCAGUUCACGAUGGAGGAAGAAAAAGAUUGCAAGUUGCCGUUUCUCGACGUACUAGUCCAGAGAAAAGGCGAUGGGAGACUUAAAACAACAGUUUGCCGGAAGGCGACGUAUACCUCUCGUAUUUAG